AUGAAGUUGGACGUAAGAGUUCUUCGUUACAUGAGCUCCGAAGAGUUCCGAGUCUUAACAGCGACCUCUUUAGGUCGAAAUGGGCUCCAAGAAUCACAUGAUGGAUAUAGAUUGACAUACGGAGGAUAUGAUUACCUUGCGCUAAAGACAUUUUCUAGACGUGAGAGCAUAUACUCGAUUGGGAAGCAGAUCGGUGUCGGCAAAGAAUCAGAUGUAUACCUUGUUGCCGAUGAAGAAGAAAACCAGAAUGUCCUCAAAAUUCACAGACUUGGCCGUGUGUCAUUUCGCGCAAUAAAGGCACAGCGUGAUUAUCUUCAAAAUCGUAAAACUGCAUCGUGGUUAUAUAUGUCUCGCUUGGCCGCUAUGAAAGAAUACGCUUUUAUGAAGAUUUUACACGAACAUGGAUUUCCGGUUCCAAAACCUAUAGAUCAGUCUAGGCAUUGUGUUUUAAUGGAAUUAAUUGAUGCAUUUCCAUUGCGGGAAGUAAUCGAAGUUAAAAACCCAGGAAAAUUGUAUUCAGAACUUAUGGACUUGAUAGUGAGACUAGCUACUUAUGGACUCAUCCAUGGAGACUUUAACGAAUUCAAUAUACUGCUGAAAGAGAACGGGGAGCCAGUGUUAAUCGACUUUCCUCAAAUGGUCUCGAUAUCGCAUCCGAACGCCGAAUGGUAUUUUAACCGAGACAUAGAAUGCAUACGUACCUUCUUUCGAAAAAAAUAUGGUUACGAGAGCGUAUUAUAUCCUAAAUUCAACCUUGAUGUCAACCGAGAGUUUAAUCUGGACGUUCAGGUUGCUGCCAGUGGAUUUACAAAACAACAGCAAGAGGAGCUCGAAGGGGCUGAAGAGGCUUAUGAUAGGGAUGAGAACGAAGAUGCCAAAGAAGGGAUGGAAAAUAAUGCUAGAGAAAGUGUUAAAGGCGAGGAUAUAUUAGGCGGUGACGAAAUAUCUGAUAAUGCGAACAUUGCAAGUGAAUCAGUGAUACAAAAUGUUAUACAAGGUACUAUAUCCGAAACAGAGGAAGACCCAGAAUCUGACCUCGAACAAUUAAACAAUCGUGAUUUUAUGGCACAUCGCGACAAGAAACCCCCAAAAACGCGUACAGUCACGACUUCUACGUCCACGUCUGCAUCCACCCGACUGUCCGAGGCAGAUAUCAAAGAGCGA